AUGUUUCCACCGACCAGAAUACAAGGACUCUCGCGAGUAGUUCUCAAGUUGUUCCACCUAAUUUUAGUGGGAUUUUCUUUGAGGUCCAGUAGAUUGUCGCGUUUGAUCCUGUGGCUUCGGUUUCUGUUUUGGCUGAGUUGGUUCAUUGCCAUUUGGACCCAGAGUCUGAUUUUUGCCCAGCAAAUUGAAUGCCAUCUGGACUGCAUUCUGCGCCACACGCUCACAUUUUUCCAGACAGUUUCGCAUGCUUUCAUUGUGGUCGACACUUUCCUCCGGGGAUUCAAAGUGGAGGGAAACCAGAUGGAGGAAGUGGUGGUGUGCCAGGCCGCUGAUCCUUGGAUGGCCUCCACUGUCCUGGCCAUGCUGCUGCCCAUCUUGGGAGUUGAGUACCUGGUGUGUUCGAAUGCACCUGAAUACGAGUAUCGGGUGAGGAUUUACCACCUAAAAACCCUGCCGAGUUUCCUGGCCCUGCAGAUGCAGAUCAUCUCCUUCAUCCUGGAGGUCAUGGAGCUAAACAUCAGGGUUCGCCAGGCCAAGCAGCAGCUUGUGAUCCUGGCCAGGGAGCUAUCCUGCCGGUGGCCACAGUCCAAACAGAGGUCGGACCACCUGGACAAGCAGAUCUACCGAAUACAAGCCCUGAAACUGAGAUACAAUGAACUCCAUCAACUGUUCGAUAAGCUGAAUUCCGGUUUUGGGGGCAGCCUUCUGACCAUCAUCAUGGUCUUCUUUGCCCUCUUUGUGUGCAACUCAUACUGGCUUUUUGUGGAUGUUCGAACGAGUCCCCUGAGAGUCUAUGCCAUCCUCCUUAACUUGGGCUUCAUCUUCAAUGUGGCCCUUCAGAUGUCAGCUGUUUGCUGGCACUGUCAACAGAGCCACAAUCUAGGUCGCCAGAUCGGUUGCCUCAUUUCGAAGUUGGUAAAACCCCAAGGAAGCAAGAGGUACAAUGAUUUGGUGAGCGAGUUUUCCCUGCAAACACUUCACCAAAGAUUCGAGGUCACCGCCAAGGAUUUCUUCAGUCUCAAUCUGCAUCUGCUCAGCAGUAUGUUUGCAGCUGUGGUCACUUACUUGGUCAUCCUCAUACAAUUCAUGUUUGCUGAGAGAAACUCUAGACAUGAUUCUGGUUGA